ACCGAACCAAAAAUCAGACCCGAAUUCGACCCGAGCGCAGCGUUUUGUCAUGGGAGAUCGCCUCACAAACGCAAACCUGAGCAGAUCGAAGCAAUUUUUGAAUCUCUUCAUCUCUUCUGCAUUUUAUUGAAGAAUACUUGGUUCCACAACCUGUUCACUUGCUACUGUAGAUGAUGGAGUCCUGUCCUUCAAUAAAAAAUAUUCUCCUGUUGGAUUCUGAGGGGAAACGUGUGGCUGUCAAGUAUUAUUCAGAUGAGUGGCCAACAAAUAGUGCAAAGGAAUCUUUUGAGAAAGCUGUAUUUAGCAAAACUCAAAAGAGCAAUGCUCGAAAUGAAGCGGAGAUAGCAAUGUUUGAAAACAAUAUUGUCGUUUACAAGUUUGUGCAAGACCUUCAUUUUUUUGUCACUGGUGGAGAAUAUGAAAACGAGCUUAUCUUGGCAACAGUACUUCAAGGAUUCUUUGAUGCUGUUGGCCUUCUCCUUAGGGGUCACGUGGAAAAGAAGGAAGCACUUGAAAACUUGGAUCUUAUUUUGUUGUGCCUCGAUGAAAUUGUUGAUGGAGGUAUUGUUCUUGAGACCGAUGGGAAUGUCAUAGCUGGAAAGGUUGCAACUCAAAGUAUAGAUUCUGCCGCUCCUUUGUCUGAGCAGACAAUAAGUCAAGCACUGGCCACUGCACGUGAACAUCUGACGAGAUCACUGCUUACAUGAUCAUAUACGCAUGCUAAGAGUGAGGAGAGCAUGGAGAAAGUAGAGAUAUGGCAGUACCCUUCGACCCGAUGACUUAUCAAAACGACUCAUAAACUGGUUUACUAAUAUCACCUUGGAGUUCUUUUUUUGUUCUCUUAAAAGAACAAGCUCGCGGUUGACUCAUUAGAAGUUCCUGCUUUUUGUUGAACAAGGAACCUUUUUUGUUGCCCAAAAAUAAUGCCCAUUGCAUCAUUUCUUGUAAACUUGAUCAAGUUGGAAGUCGGAUGCUUAUAUUCUUGUUAUUAAAUGAUAUAAUGUGAAAAUGCGUUAUUCUUUGAAGGCUUGAA